AUGGAUUAUGGCAUAAUAGUGUCUGAAGAGCUAUUACGUGUGUAUCCUCCAUAUAUAAAUUAUUUUGAAGUCACUAAGGAGGCUCUCAGUUCCUGUGAUCGUCAGUUCCCAAGGUUUCAUGCUUUCCUUAAGUGUAAUGAGUCCAAACCAGAGUGUGGCCGCCAGACACUAUCAGAACUACUGAUAACACCAGUACAAAGAAUACCAAGGAUCAUAUUAUUACUACAAGAUUUAUUAAAGCGUACUGAUACUGGCCACAUUGAUUACAAGCAGUUGGAGGAAUCAGUUGAAAAACUUAAGAAUGUAAUGGAACACAUAAAUGAAGACAAGAGGAAGACAGAGAAGCAGAUGCACAUGUUUGAACUUAUACGUGACAUUGAGGACGUCCCGGCGACUGUCCUUUCAUCUCAUCGUUGGUUUAUUUCAAGACAUGAUGUGUUGGAGUUAAAUAUUAGCAAUAAUGGAAAGACUAAUAAACCAUUGUCUAUAGCAUUGUUCCUCUUCUCUGACAGCAUUGAGGAUAUGUUUGUAUGGAAGACCUCAUCAGAUAUAUUACACUCAAUGCCAAAGACUGGAGGUAGCAUUGGACCCAUUGAUACUGGAACCAUUAAAAGAGCAUUCACUGAUAGUAUUAAAGGAAUGAGAAGGAAAGUGAAGAGAACUAUAUCAAAUCGUUGCAAUAGAAGACCAUUCACACCAUUGAGUAAAAAUGUUGAUCAGUUAGACACAAUGGAUGAAUCAUUUACUGAUCUUUUACUCCAGAGAUAAUGAAUACUACGUAGC